CACAGAGACAGACACACACAGAGACAGACACACACAGAGACCGACACACACAGAGGUGCAGGCGUGAGAGGCGCACAAUGGAAAAUCGUCGCAUGCGCAGCACGCAGCCUGUCGACUGACAGCGUCGACUCAGCGAGAGCGUCGACCGCCGCCUCUACAAAGACGACGACGAUGCAUGUCGAGCGCGCCGCGCACCCGGGGAUGAUGAGCGAGUGGGUUGCGCUGCUGCUGCCGCUGCUGCCGCUACCGCCAGCCCACGCCGCCGCUGCUGCUUUGUGGGUGAAACUUGCGGAGGAGGCAAAGCUUUAAAUAGCUGGAGCGGCGCUCAGCUACGGCAGUCGACGGACCCAACACCAACACCACCGCCACCACCACCAGCAGCACCACCACAACCGGGACACCACCGCCACCACCCCCCCCCCCCACCAAGACCACCACGCGCGCUCUAAGUUCGAGGCGGGCGGCUGCAGUGCGCGUGCCGUGCCGCGCGCGCGCGUGCGCCUCCGGUGGGGUUCAUCCUCGGUUGCCCGUUCGGUUUCAUUUUCUCUUAUUGUUGUUGUUUUGGGUUUUUGGGGUUUGUGUCACUCGCGCGUGCUAAACCAUGGCGGACGAGCAGAGCACGAGGAAGAUGCUCUCGGCCAUGCUCGCGGAGCUGCGCGUGCCCCCCGAGUCGCCCGGCGAGGACGCGGCCCCUCCGCCGCUCCGUCCGCCCUCGUCCAGCCUCGCCGAGUCGGAGGUGGAGGGAGAGACCCUGGAGCUCUGCCUGCAAUUCUUCAGCCGCUAUUUCGUUCCUCUACCCAUGUCGAGGACUCGAUCUACCAGACUGACUGUUUCAGCUCAUCCAUAUUGUGUUCAACCAACACAAUGCAGCAAUGCGCCGUAUCUCCUGGCUGCAUCCUUGGCUCGCUCCACGGCCGCCGAGGUGCUGGCCUCUGACCUGUCCUCGUGUCUCUGCCCCGCACAAAUCAAGGAGGGCACUGAGGAACCACUGUUGUACGACUCGGUGAAGCUGGCGCGCCUGGUGUUCGCCAAGCUGCGCGAGGUGUGCGUGGCAUGGCAGAAGGAGCCGCCUGCGCUCUCUCGCCAGCGCCGCAGCUUCCAGAUCUCGCUGCACGCCAUCAAGAACACGCGGCGCAAGAUGGAGGACCGCCAUGUCAUCUUCCAGGAUCUCAACGCCCUCUUCACCAGCGAGGAGGAGGAGGACGACCAGGCGUACUUUGCGAUAUUCGACGGCCACGGAGGCGUCGACGCCGCCAUCUACGCGGCAACGCACCUGCACGUGAGCCUGGCACGCGAGGGUUCGUUUCGCCGCGACCCCCUGGAGGCACUGCGCCGGGCGUUCUGCCAGACGGACCAACGCUUCGUGCUCAAGGCUCGCCAGGAGAACUGGCGCUGCGGCUCGACGGGCGUGGUGACCCUGAUCCGGGGCAACGAACUGCACGUGGCGUGGCUCGGAGACUCGCAGGUGAUCCUCGUGAGGAAGGGCAGCCCCGUGGAGCUCAUGUCUCCGCACAAGCCCGACCGCGAGGAUGAGAAGAAGAGGAUAGAGGCCCUCGGAGGCUGCGUCAUUUGGUUUGGAGCCUGGAGGGUGAACGGGACGCUGUCCGUGUCGAGGGCAAUCGGCGACAUGGAGCACAAGCCGUACGUGUCGUGCGACGCCGACUGUGCCACGUUCCCGCUGGACGGCAGCGAGGACUACCUGCUGCUGGCGUGCGACGGCUUCUACGACACGGUGCAGCCCGACGAGGCGGCGCGCAUCGUGGGGGAGCACCUGCGCGAGAACGACGGGGACCCCGCCAUGCUGGCGCACCGCCUUGUGGCGUCGGCGCGCGACGCGGGCUCCAGCGACAACAUCACGGUCCUCGUCGUCUUCCUGAGAGACGCGCGCGACGUCAUGCAGGAGGACACGGGAGGAGCCGACGGAGAGAGAGACCGGGCCGUUCCACCUGGUGGUGGUGGCGGCGGCAGCGGCGAAGACGAUGGCGGUAAUGGCCAAGGCGGCGGCGGGGAGGGAGGAGGAGGAGGUGGUGGAGGUGGAGGGGACAGCGGCGGUGGGGGCAGCAACGACGGCAACGGCGGAGCGGGCGGCGGGGCCGGCGGAGGGACGCACGGGGAUUCUGACGGGCGCAACGGCGAAGGGGACUGUGCCAGGGAUCCGUGCGAUGGCGGAGGAGGCGGGGAAGCGCGUCAGGGGAACGGCUCGGAGUUUGGGCCGGAGAACCGCGAGGACUCCUUGACGGAGCGCACGUUUCUGGCGCUGCGCUCCCCGGUGUGGAUCGGCGAGCCGCAGCGAGGGAUGGAUUUCCCCGCGAGGAUCGGCGAUGACGCCAACGGCGCAGGUGCCUCGGGUCGUGAUGUCCGCCCGCGUGCACGUGGGUCCGGAGUAACCGGCUGGAACAGUGUCGCCGACGGAGCAGAGGGUGAUCGUCCCUGCAUCGCAGGUGUUCCCGACCGCUUUUUGUGCGGUGCUCGUGUCGUCGAUUCCCACGGUGAGAUGAGCAAUGUCGGCGAAGGCUUGCGUGUCAACGUCACUGCGAGCGGUGAAAUGAAACCUAAAGUCGGUACCAGCGGCCAGAACGAUAUGUACGCAAGUCCUGGCGGUGCAAUCGCAAGCAGCAACACGGUCGCAGCUGACGAAUCGGGCAUUGCAGUUGGAUGUUCAAACUGGCCCCUGGCUGAUCUGGUAGGAGACACCAAGGCAUCUAUGUCGGCGGAUGAGAUAGGUGAGCUGAAGCCGCUCAGCUGUAGCCUCGUCGCGCCCAGUGCCACGCAGGGUCAUAAUGCAGCAGAUCGUGGCGGCCUUUAUCAAGUCCAGGCAGCUCCCGGGCAAGCUGAAGUCGACAACCGUGACACUGACGAGAGCAGCACGGAUAUGAACUGUGAAAAAAAAGGGCGCAGCCUGCCCGACACGACGACAACGACGACUCGACACAAAUGCAGUCGCGCGGGUAACGGCGGCGACGUGCUAGCGCCGUACAAACCAGCCGGGGCCAUCGCCAAAGUGAAAGCACGUGGUUGGGACAGCUCCUUGUCAGAAGACUUUCGACUCAAGAAUGGCGGCGGAGGCGACCGACGCUCAGCUGGGCCUGCCACGCACCCUCCGUCUCGCGAAGGAGACGCCACGCAAUCGUGGGGAAGGCCAAAGCCUGUGAAGGAGUCCCUGCAGCUCUGCCGCAGACGCGGCGCCGGAGAUAGGACAGGCGACCAGAGCACGUUCAUGGCUGUGGCCUGUUAAGUGUGUUUGUCGACAAACAGUAAAUGACCUUGAUUGUGACCGGUGUGGUUUGACGUUAAUUAUCUGCACUAAUUGUUCAAUGUGUGGUGUAGAGGAGACCAAUUUUGCAUGCUUGUCUGUGGUUGCACAAACUGAUCGUGUGUGGGACAAAAGGUCACAUGCUGGCACCGAUUUACGUGGGUUUGUGAUGAAAUCCGUGCAGUGGAUAUCAGGUACCUGUCAUCUUUCAUGUUGGUUGAGUGGGGAUAACUUCAGGACCACCGAGGCGCAACCUGUAGUUCGUGCCAAGCCAUUCUGGUGUGGGCGUGGGUAAGUAAAAAUGUGUCGUUAAUCCCGUCACCACCCGACAUAGCCAAUUAGUAAGGUUUGUCACGUAAACAAAACGUGCCAAUUCGUUACUGAUUC